AAUGGAUAUCGUAGGAGUAAUCUCUUUAGUUUAAUCAUUAGAACGUGUUGCCAUAAGUUUUGAAGGACGAAGCUACAGAAGACAAAGGUGAGAUGGCCAGAUUGGUAUUAUUUGAAUUUUAAAAUUUAAGUAAAGUUUUGUAGGCGCAAUAGCAGUGGCUGAUUUAGUAAAAACAACUUUAGGCCCAAAAGGAAUGGUAUAAUAUUGUUUUUAAAGGAUAGGAUAAAAUAUUGAAACCUACAGGACCUGGUUAAGAGAUGACUCAUAUCACUGUUACUAAUGAUGGUGCUACAAUUUUAAAAUCUAUGUAUGUUGAGAAUCCAGCUGCUAAAAUUCUGAUUGAGAUUAGCAAAACUCAAGAUGAAGAAGUAGGAGAUGGUACAACUACAGUAGCAGUGUUGGCUGGUGAAUUGUUAAGAGAAGGAGAGAAAUUAAUUUAAAAAAGAAUUCAUCCACAACAUGUUAUAGCAGGAUGGAGAAUAGCUAGAGAUGUGGCAUUAAAGAGAUUAAGAGACAUUUGUAAUUAUUUUAACAAUCAUAUCUAGCAAGUGAAAAUGAUAUUGAAUCUUAAGAAUUCCAUAAUGAUUUAGUAAAGAUUGCAAGAACAACUUUGAGUUCAAAAUUAAUCACAUAAGACAGAGAUUAUUUUGCUGAUUUGUGUGUCAAAGCAGUUUUAAGAUUGAAGGGAUCUUCUAAUUUGGAUUAUAUCUAAAUUAUUAAACUUCCAGGAGGAACUAUUAGAGAUUCAUAUUUAGAUGAUGGAUUUAUUCUUAAGAAAUAAAUAACUAUUGGUUGUAAAAGAAGAAUUGAAAAUGCUAAAAUCUUGGUUGCUAAUACAGCUAUGGAUUAUGAUAAAAUUAAGAUUUAUGGUACUAAAGUUAAAGUGAAUUCUAUGGAUAAAGUAGCUGAAAUUGAAGCAGCAGAAAAAGAAAAGAUGAAACAUAAAGUUGAUAAGAUUCUUAAAUAUCAACCUACAGUAUUUGUAAAUAGACAACUUAUUUAUAAUUAUCCUGAAUAAUUAUUAGCUGAUUCUGGAAUUACUGUUAUUGAACAUGCUGAUUUUGAAGGUAUGGAAAGAGUGGCUGCUGCUACAGGAGCAGAAAUAUUAUCAACAUUUGAUGCUCCUGAAAGAAGAGAUUCAGUUUUAGGACAUUGUGAUUUAAUUGAAGAAAUUAUGAUUGGAGAAGAAAAGGUAUAAUUUAUAUUAUAUAUUUAUAUAGAUGAUCAAAUUCACAGGUUGCAAAAAGAAUGAAGCUUGCACAAUUGUAUUAAGAGGUUCUUCCAUUCAUAUUUUGGAUGAAGUAGAUAGAUCAAUUCAUGAUGUUUUAUGUGUUUUAACUACAACAGUUAAAAAUAGAAGAGUUGUUUGGGGAGGUGGUAAUUCAGAAAUGCAAAUGGCAGCUGCAUGUGAAGAAGAAGCUAAGAAAGUUUAAGGAAAAUAAGCUUUAGCUAUAGAGGCAUAUGCUAGAGCCUUAAGAUAGAUUCCUACAAUCAUCUGUGAUAAUGGAGGUAUUAAUAUAGAUUUAUCAAAUUAGGAUAUGAUUCAGCUGAAUUAAUUUAAAAUUUCAAUGUGGAAUUGUAAAAAGGAAAUUUAACUUUUGGAUUGAAUAUGAAUGAUGGAACCAUAGGAGAUAUGUAAGAAUUAGGAGUUAAAGAGUGCAUGAGAGUUAAGGAAUAAGCAGUAAUGGCAGCUAGUGAAGCAGCUGAAUUAAUUAUGAGAGUCGAUGAUAUUGUAAAAUGUGCACCAAGAAAAAGAGAUAGAGCAUGAUA